AUGAGAACAACAAGCAGUUAUUUUCCAUUGAUAGAUAAAAACAAAUAGCUAAAUAAAACAAUAGCUGCAGAAGAUUAAAAUUUUAAGACAAGGCUUUCUUACAAUGAAAUUCCAUUAACUACUUAAAUUAGUAACGGGAAGCUUGUAAAGAAAUAGUUAACCAUGAGAGAUAGUGCUUCAACUUAACAAAUUAACCCUAAAAAUUUUAUUAAAGACUUUUCUAACAAGCUGGAAAAGCAUCAGUAUGAUAUUGAGAAAAGAGAUGAAAUGAUUAAAGAAUUGGAAUUAACUAUUGAAAAGCUAAGAAUUGAAUAUAUAAAUGAAAGAUAAAAUUCAGAUGAAAAAAAUAGAUAAAUUAAAGAACUAAUUGAGAGUAACGAAAAAAUUAACAAUAGAUUUAAAACAAAUCACAUAAAGAUGGAGGAGCUAAUAACAAAAGUCUAAUUUUAUGAAAAAGAAUUUUAGAAAAUCAAAGAUGAUGAAACAAAAGCGAACGAAUAAAAGAAUUAAGAGCUAAUUUAAGCAAAAAAAAUUGAAGAUUUAGAGCAAAAAAUCAAAGAGAUGAGCAAAGAAUUAAGCACUCAUAAAUCUUAGGUUACUGAAUCAGACAAAUAGAAAAAUAAUUAAAUAAAUGAAUUAACUUCCAAGUUAAAUGAAUCUAUUUAAAAUGGGAGUAAAUUAAAAAUCGACUUAGAAAAGAAGACAUCAGAGCUUUCAAAAGCGUUGGAGACUAUAAAGUCAUAUGAAGAAGAAAAAAAAUAAGUUGAAAAUAAUAUUUAAAGCUUAAGAAGAACCUCAACCUUAAAAUAACAAGAGCUAGAAAGUAAAUUCAAAGAAUAAGAAAAUCUAGCCAAAGUUCUUUCAAGUUUAAAGGAAGAAAAUUCAAAGUUGAAAUAAAAUAUGGAAGAGUAACAAUAAUCUAAAAUUCUGUAAUAAAAUGAAAUUACCGAUCUUACCUAAUAAAAUAAUUCAUUAAAAGAAUAAAUAAAUAAAUUAAAUGGUGAAAAUAACAGCUUAAAUAAAUCAAUUUAAGACUUUAAAACUUAAAUCAGCUCUUUAGAAUAAUAAAUCAAUUAAAAAAAUGAUAAACUUUAAAAUAUGCUCAAAGAACUUGAAAAUACCAGAAACAAGUAGUCAUCUAAUGAUAAAAACCAAUAAGACCUCAAAUAAAAUUUUAAUGAUCUUAAAAAAAAAUUUGAUGAAACAGAAUAAAAAAUUUCAAUUAUGACAGGCUAAUUAUAAAAUAUUUAAAAAUCUUCAAAGAAGCUAGAUGAAGCUGAGAAAGAAAUACUUAAAAGUUUAAAAUGUAAUUAUUGUGAACAGUUUAUAAAGGAACCUAUUACUAUUAUUCCGUGUGGCCAUUCAUUUUGUUUUUCUUGUAAAAAGGCAUAUGCUAAAGAUUGCAUAAAAUGUGGUCCAAAAGUAAAAGUAGAAGCUAUGUAUAGAAAUGAACUUCUUGAUGAUAUAAUCGCAAUGGUAAAAAUACUGUAAAAUUUACAAACAUUCUUAAAGGUUUGA